AUGUCGUUAUCUCAAGGACAGCAGCCCGUCCAGCCAUCGCGGCUACACUACCACCUUUUUCGUGAAAUCGCUGCUGCGCUGGGAGAUGUCACAGCUGCAAAGGCACGGGGCGAGGACGUUUCAGGCAGCUUGUUCACUCCAAACGAAGCCAGGGCAACCUUGGUCAGCUUGGCGAGAGUAUCGAGGCUAAUGAAGGACAUCGUCUACGCGCAUAUCUACACUGAUAUCGAGCUCACAUCGUCGGCAUCUCUGAACGGCCUCCUCUCCACUCUGACACGAAACACGGAGCUGGCACAGCGCAUCGAGUCUCUCGAUGUCUCUAGUGGGCUGACCUGGGUUCAGAAUCAGAAUUGCCCGCAUCCACCAGUCAUCCAUGAUGUAACAGACAACCAGGAACUCGCCCAACUGCCGCUCCCGGGUAUGCAGUCCGACGUGAGAGUUCUGUGGAGAGGAGUGUACGAGAAGAUUCUCCCUAUGGCCAUGAAAUGGAAUAAUUCCCCAGCCAUGCGUGAUGGUGUUCUGUACCUGGCCCUCCUCCUCCUUAUGCUCCCAAAUCUUCGGCUUCUUCGGCUCCUUCCCGGGGAUCGUAAUGGCGAUAGCGACCAUCUGCUGAGCACGACCAUUAUAACAAUGCCUUCUGCGCACGCAGAACGUCUCUUGCGCAAUCUUGAGACGCUGGAAAUGAUUGACAUGAGUUUCCAUAGCGAUCUUCGGUUUCUCCGAAAAAUGGUUCUUCUCCCAAAAUUACAAACCCUCGACCUACCCAUUUGUCGGGGGUUGCCUCACUUCCCCUUCGGAACGGCUGGCGUGGAUCAAUACUCAUUACCAUUACGCAAUGUGCGGAUUCGAUCAGUAUUCUUCGACCUUUAUGCCCUUCUCGACCUCCUUCGAGGGAUCCAACGGUUGGAAGUCCUACAUUAUCCCAUCACGGAGUCCAUCCGCCCGCCGGCGAAUGGGGGUAUCAUCAAGCAGACCCUCGAUAACCACAGACAACAUCUAAAGGAGCUUAAUUUGGUCAUAGACCACCACUACCCCAAUCGCCAAGAUUCCCGGCUUCUAAUCAGAACUCUGCCGCUUCAUACGCUCAAUCUGUCUUGGUCGUUCGCGGCCUACUCUAACCUCCGGGCCCUGCACAUUCCCGAUAUCUGUCUAGGCUUCAGCACCAGCCAGGAACUUCGAAGAACAAAUCUGACGACUUGUCUUCCAGCCGGCAUUGAGACAUUGGCAUUGAUGACUUGGGUUGCGGGCAGUGACCUCCCUGGUUAUGUGUGGACGCUAUGGUAUAAAUGCGCGUCGUUUGAACGUUUGGAACAUGUUACGUUGAUUCACGUACAGACUAAUCUCGAAAGUGUGUCUGCCCGUCCCACCUUUUGGCAGCCAAUUCAACGUGGGCGUUUUGUCUUUCACUAUUUCUAUUAUUACCACCAUUUCCGGUAG